CUCAUAGGGUUAGAGUGGCAGGCUGGCACACAGGAACCACUGCUUCCAGUCCUGUAGGACUACACAGGGACAGGAGUCAGUGCUGAGUUUAAGUUCUAACAACCAGAGGGAAACAGAUAGAAGACGAUAACGGUGUUCCGUUUGUAAACCUGAAGAAACCUGAAACAUGGACAGAAGUACCGAGACUGAGAGCCACUGAGAACAAAUGGAGAAAUUGACAGCAGGCAGAGUCUGCGUUUUCUGGCUUUGCUUCAAGAACCCAUCCAUGUGCUUUUGUCAUUGAUGUUUCAUAUCAACGCUGAAGAAAAGUACUAGAAGAAUCUAGGUGCUUGAAGAACAGAUAAAAUGCACAUUUCUACCAUUAUUAUCCUCCCUAUGUUUUGGAGCCCGGGGCAUAGCUUCUGCCUUAGAGGUGAUAAGAACCAAGGGUGAUUGCAGAAGAGUUGGCCCUCCUGACAGAACAAGAAAGAGACAAUGGGUUGUACAGGGAUGACAACUUGAGAUGACAACCUGGGAAGAAGCACCAAGAGAAAAAGAAAAGAGCGAAAGAGAGGGAGAGAGAAAAGGAAGGUGAAAAAUGAGUGUGCCAAGGAACUGUGGAUUCUAUUUCUCCGCUGAUCGCUCUUUCCAAGCGCGGAACGGGAAUGUCUGUGGAUCGCCCUGUUCCGUCAACAGGCCUAUUGACAUCAUACAAAAACGCAGGCGUUUUGAUGUUGAGAAUGGAUUGUCAGUGGGGCGUAGCCCUCUGGACCCCCAGGCCAGUCCCGGCUCCGGCCUGGUGCUCCAGGCCAACUACGCUCACAGCCAGCGCCGGGAAUCUUUCCUCUACCGCUCCGACUCUGACUUUGACCUCUCACCCAAGGCCCCCUCGAGGAACUCCUCCACUGCCAGUGAGCUGGAAGAAAGCUUGAAGCACUGGGAAGUCAACUGGUUGUCUCGACAUGGAGAAGACAUGAUUGUGACACCAUUUGCACAGGUACUUGCCAGUUUGAGGACGGUAAGAAGUAACUUCGCCGUUUUGACCCAUCAGCAAGAUCGUCAACCCAGCAAGAGAACUGGCAGUAACCCACCAUCCAUGUGCAAGACAACCUUAGCAGGUGUGACAGAGGAGCCGUUCCAGCAGCUGGCCGUGGAGACUCUGGACGAGCUGGACUGGUGUCUGGAGCAGCUGGAGACUCUGAAGACACGCCACUCUGUCAGCGAGAUGGCCUCCAACAAGUUCAAGAGGAUGCUGAACAGGGAGCUUACUCAGCUAUCAGAGACCAGCAGAUCAGGGAACCAGGUGUCAGAGUUCAUCUCCAGCACCUUCCUAGAAAAGCAACACGACAUGGAGAUCAUGUCUCUGCCCACCAAGGAGAAGAAGGAGAAGACGGACAAGAAGAAGCGCCCCAUGUCCCAGAUCGUGGGGGUAAAGAAGCCUAUCCUGAUCCCCAGUGUGGCCCCCUCCAGCAUUCCCCGCUUCGGUGUCCCUUCCAGUCAGGAGAGCCUCCUUGCCAAGGAGUUGGAAGAGAUCAACCAAUGGGGUGUGGAUAUUUUCAAAAUAUCUGAAUAUUCUGCGAAUCGUCCACUGACGGUGGCGAUGUAUUCCAUUUUCCAGGAGCGAGAGCUGCGGAAGUCCUUCAAGAUCCCUGCAGACACCUUCAUCACCUUCAUGAUGACCCUGGAGGACCACUACCACCACGACGUGGCCUACCACAACAACAUCCAUGCUGCAGACGUGGUCCAGUCCACCCACGUCCUUCUCUCCACCCCCGCCCUGGAGGCUGUGUUCACUGACUUGGAGAUCUUGGCUGCUCUGUUUGCCAGUGCUAUACAUGAUGUGGACCAUCCGGGGGUGUCCAACCAGUUCCUCAUCAACACCAACUCAGAGCUGGCCCUGAUGUAUAAUGACGUGUCAGUCCUGGAGAACCACCACCUGGCUGUGGGCUUCAAGCUGCUGCAGGAGAACAACUGUGACAUCUUCCAGAACCUCAGCAAGAAACAGAGACAGUCCCUACGCAAGAUGGUCAUAGACAUGGUGUUAGCCACAGACAUGUCCAAACACAUGAACCUGCUGGCGGACCUGAAGACCAUGGUGGAGACCAAGAAAGUGACCAGCUCUGGAGUGCUGCUGCUGGACAACUAUGGAGAUCGCAUCCAGGUCCUCCAGAACAUGGUUCACUGUGCUGACCUCAGUAACCCCACCAAACCCCUGGAGCUGUACCGCCAGUGGACCGACCGCAUCAUGGUGGAGUUCUUCACCCAGGGGGACAGGGAGAGGGACAAGGGCAUGGAGAUCAGCCCCAUGUGUGACAAACACAACGCCUCCAUCGAGAAGAACCAGGUGGGCUUCAUAGACUACAUCGUUCAUCCUCUAUGGGAGACGUGGGCCGACCUGGUCCAUCCCGACGCCCAGGAGAUCCUAGACACGCUAGAGGACAACCGUGAGUGGUACCAGAGCAUGAUCCCCCACAGCCCAUCGCCUACCCCCGAGGCCCAGGACAAGGUGGGCCUGCCUGGGGGAGCCAUUGGGGCCGGAGGGGGUGGAUCUUCCAUCGGAGACAAAUUCCAGUUUGAGCUGACCCUAGAGGAGGAAGGCGAGUCCGACACAGAGAGCCCCCCAGAAGAGGAGGAGGGGUACAGUAGCACUGGGGCGGAGCCUUCUAGAACUGACCCGGACAGCAGACUCCAUUCCGUGUCUGCCACUGCUCACCCACACUAUCAGGGGCUUUCCAAAAUGGCCACCUCUGUCCUCAAUCUCGGUGGCACGACUUUGUCCACCGACUCUGACCCAGAAAAGGAGGCAGCCGAAGACAAAGAACAUGACCAAGAAGCCAGGUCUACGACGAAGGAGCGAGGAAUUUUGCGGGGACACGUCUUCCUUUAUACUACUUAUGACCGCUUGAAACAAUUGACGGCGCUUUGAACUUAGUAACAACAAACACCAUCAAGUAUUUUGAGACUUUAUGCCAAACAGCGCAAUAAACAGGAAUUUGGCCAAUGGCAAUGUUUGCCUGCCUUUACAACUGUUGAUGAUUUGAUAUUUUAUUCAAGUCCUUUGCAGACCUUACCAGAUAUGUACCACAAAGGACAAAGUACAGAGCAGGCCUUCAGAAUGGUUUGAGGAAGAGAUUGUUUAAAAUGCAGCAACAAUACUUUUUGGGUACCACUGUUGCAACUGCUACUAGGUGCCUCGCAAGGGGUCUUGUGCUAAGAUUGACUGAAGCAGCAGCAGCAUUACAAACACUUAACAACUGGUUUAGGGUCAGUUCUUCCUCACACAGUCCUAACCUGAACUGUUACGUGUACACCUACAAAACCAACCCUGAGCCAGUCGUUAUAGGGGCAUAAAAGUAAGACAAAGCUAUGCUGUUUGCACCUGGCGCCUCCCAGUGUUGAAAUUCGGAAUUGAAGUCAGCCCGUGUAAUACAAUUCAAGACAUUGAAAAUGCCCAUACCUACUGUAAAUUGACUAUAGUUAUGUUAAUUGGAUUGGGUUUAGCUAUGGUUUUAUUGUACCCAAAACAAGGACUUUAGUUAAGAAUCAACCCUUUUCUGUAUGAUUUUAUUUAUUGGAAGUCACUCAAAGUGUAUACAUACUGCUUUAUGCUGUAAAUGUGUGUGUAGCAUUAACCUUUUUACGGCACUCAUUUUCAUCAGUCUGCCUCCACUUUUAGCACUUUACAAUUUAACUCACAGCCAAUAUCCUGCUUGAAAGGGCUUGUGCCAAUCCAUGAACACAUUGGAGGAAGGUGUAACCAGCACUUACCGAGCCUGGCACAUUAGGAGAACUGGUUGUUUUUUAGGGGAACCUGGACUAAGAUAAGAACUGUUUGACAGUAGGUCUGUAGACAAUGUCCUUUCAAGUCCAUUAUUGUUGUUACAAUACAGUAGGUCUCACGUUUUCCACAGGUAACAUCACCACUGGUCACAUUUUCAACCAGUUGAAUUACUAAAUAAGAUACAUUGGUAGCAUGUACUAUGUCAUCUGGGUUUGUGAAGAAAAUGUGUAAGUUGUAAUAUUUGCCAAACUAUUUCAGAGAUGUGUGAAAGAUGUGCCACUCAAGCGCAAUUCUGUCAUGGGCCAGUUCUCUGUGCCAGAAUGUUUUCCCCCCUUUCCCUUUGUCAUUGGUCAAUAUUCUGCUCUUCACAGGGACAAAGCCAAUGACAGUACAAGUGCCAAGCAAGCAUGACACAAUUUGUACUGUAAUUUCCAUUUUGCCCCUAGCUAAUUUCCAUCAAUGACUGACUGACAGCAUUGUUGAUCAUGUCACCCUCCCUGUGUACUCGUUCUGUCCAGUAGGUUUUCGGUUUCAGAACAAUAAUCCCCUGAUAACUGUACUUGUCUUAAAGAAGUGGUAUGUUUGAAUGGUUGGACGUUUUGAUGAAUUGAAUUUGUAAAGAAACCAAAGCACUCUGUAUGGUACUUUCACAAGUCUCUGCACGUCCAGCACAGUUGAGUGUAAUGUAACUUGACGAAUCCACGUUAGUUUUCUGUCUGUAUUCUGGUAUUAUACGGCCUGAUUAUUACAAUUGAUUCACAGCACAGGCUGGACCACUGCAGCUGAAAUAGGGGACUUGUUAGCUUAUGGAAUUGAACCUUUUUGUAACUAACCACAAUAUAUUUUGAUAAAGAUACAUGAUUUUUUUUGCUGCAAGAUUCAUAAGGAGAGUUUUCAAGUAACUAAGAUAAACUCAUCUGUGGACGAAACACAAACAUUGAACCGCCAUCGUGGAGUAAAUUUAUGUUGUGUUUUUACGAAAGAUCUAGAAAUGAGACUUUCUGGAGCCUUAUAUUUGCAUAUGUUUUCUUUCAGCAUAGAUUUGAUAUAAGGUGGAGAGAAACCAGUGCCAUGCAUAACGUAGCUAAGGAGCACAAACAGUCAAGAACUCAAGCAAGCCUUUCUGCCUUCCUCAGCUGCCAUGCAACAUUUUUUCACCAGCCCUUGCAAUGACUGUCUAACAUUUAUUGUUUUGUAUAUUUCAUUUAUUGUUUUGUAUACUUUCCUCACAAUGCUUUGUGUACAGUUUAUUUAUUAUUUCUAUAUAUAUGUCCGAAAUGAAGAACUAUAGACUUUGUCGGAGGCGGAGUAUUUAUUUGUAGCUACCUUCCGAGCUUUGGGAGAAGAAAAAAAAUGGGACAGAUUUCAACUACAGUACUCAACCAAAUGUUUUAGUUUCCCUAUGUCUGCCAUUAAAGAAAGGAAAAAUACUCAAACUUUCAGGAUUUUCUGGAUAACAUCAGUAGAGUAGGAGAUCCCAGUUUCAGACACUCUGUUCCUAUAUUUCUCUCCUGACCAGGUCCCGGUUUCCCAAAAGCAUCUCAAGGCUAAAUUGAACUUAGCCUUAUGAUGCUUUUGGGAAACUUGGCCCAGAACACCUGUCUACAGUCUCGACAAUCCAAACACAACUGUUUACUACGGGUUUCUAAGCGCUUACUGUUACUGUACGCCUGUCCACCUUUUCAAUAAAGGAGUCUUCAUGCCUUUGA